GUCUCUGAGGCAACCAGGAGUCCUGCUGGGGAAAGAGUGACCACUGCCGCCUGUUGAUCGUGCCCAGUGACCUUUCCUUCAACCCUCACUCCCAACCCCCUGCCCCUGCCCAGGUCAGGUAGCAAGCACCAUGGCACAUACAGAUGUGCUCCUGACUAAAGAGCCAGCUCCACAGUCAGUGCAGACCUGUGAGCUGCCACAUAAGGAGUAUGAUGUUGCCUGUAACACAGGUGCCUACACAUCCUCAGGCCUGGCCCCCACUGGCUUCUCCUUGGCCAAGUACCUGGUAGAUGAAUGGUUUCAGAAUUGCUAUGCCCACUACUAUCAGGCCUUUGCUGACCGGGACUACUCACAGCAGCAGCGGCAUGAGAGCCAGCAGCUGGCAGCUGAGAUGGAGGCAUUGGCCCAGCGAACUCAGCAGGACUCCACACGAAAGGUGGGGGAGCGCAUGGAGGACAUGCACUGUUGGAAGUCUGAACUGCAGCAUGAGAUAGAUGACUUGUCUGCUGAGACUGACCUGUUGCUGGCCCAGAAGCAGCGGCUGGAGCGUGCCCUGGAUGCCACCUCUGUGCCCUUCUCCAUCGCCAUGGACAACCUGCAGUGCCGUGAACGCCGCCAGCACCCAGACCUCGUGCACGACUAUGUGGAGGUGGAGCUGCUGAAGGAAGCUGAACUAAUCAGGAACAUCCAGGAACUCCUGAAGAGGACCAUCCUUCAAGCUGUGGGUCAGAUACGGUUGAACCGGGAACAUAAGGAGACCUGUGAGAUGGACUGGUCAGACAAGGUCCAAGCCUACAACAUCGAUGAGACCUGUGCCCGCUACAACAACCAGAGCACCCAAGUGCAGUUCCACCCGCAUUCCAGCAAGUUUGAGGAGAGCGCCUCCACGCCCGAGUCUUGGGCCAAGUUCACUCAGGACAACCUCCUCCGCGCGCAACAUGAGCGCUUGGCCUCGGUCAACCUGCGGAAGUUAAUCCACUGUGUCUUGCGGGACACAGCUGAGGACCUGAGGCUACAGUGCGACGCCGUCAACCUGGCCUUCGCGCGCCGCUGCGAGGAGUUGGACGACGCACUCCACAAGUUGAAGUACCACUUGCACAAGAUCCUGCGGGAGAUCAUGGACCAGGAGCACCAGGUGGCAGCUCUGAAGCAGGCCAUCAAGGACAAGGAGGCACCACUGCGUGUGGCCCAGACCCGCCUGUACCAGCGCUCACACAGGCCCAAUGUGGAGCUGUGUCGAGAUGGCACGCAGUUCAGGCUGAUGAGUGAAGUGGAGGAGCUGACCAUGUCUAUCAAUGCGCUAAAAGAGAAGCUACAGGAUGCGAAGCAGGCACUGCGGAACCUGGAGGACACACGCAUGAGCCUGGAGAAGGACAUUGCUGUCAAGACCAACAGCCUCUUCAUUGACCGCAAGAAUUGUAUGACCCACCGCAGCCGCUACCCCAGUGUCCUCCAGUUGGCUGGCUACUGGUGACCAAGGCUGACACCUGGCCACACUAUCCCACCCAAAUAAA